ACAUGCAGACUCCACCCAGAGAGAUUGUGUGAUGUUGGUCUGGUCCGGGGAAUCGAUCCCACGAACCCAAGAUCUCCUUAUUGGGAGGCAGGAGCUUUAGCCGCUCUGCCACCGUGCACCCCACAAGAGUUUGUUUACUGGAAAAAGAGGAGGCAGUUUUUCGCAGCUAUGAGUGGGAUUAUUCAUAAGGCAAGAGGUGCUGGAAUCUUCUGCUGUCUUGUGUUGCUUGUUUCCGGCUUCACUUCCUUAUAUUUAAGAUAUUUAACGAGCCUCGUCCCAACGGACAACCCGCUGGCGACCGAUGAAGGAGAGCUGAGACAGAACAUCGAGUUAGACAACUCGCUGAACUUUGGAACCAGACCAGGGGUUCAAACAAUCACAUCUUGGAAAGCUCCUAUCAUCUGGGAAGGGAUGUUUGACCCCAAUCUUUAUGACCAAAAUCACAUCCAAGCCCAUUCAUCUGUGGCCCUCACUGUGUUUGCUGUGGGCAGGUACCUGGAUGCCUACCUCAAGACUUUCCUUACUUCUGCAGAACAACAUUUUAUGUUGGGAUUACCAGUGACAUAUUACGUGUUUACGGAUCAAGCAGAGAAGGUACCAAACAUCGAGCUUGCUCCUCAGCGAAGCCUGAAGGUCAUCCAGGUAGAAAAGCACUCCAGGUGGCAGGACAUCUCUAUGAUGCGUAUGAAAACCAUAUCAGAAGCCAUAGAAUCAGAGAUUCGUCACCACUGCAAUUAUGUCUUCUGCUUUGAUGUGGAUCAAGAGUUUAAGGGGAGAUUUGGCUCAGAGGCUCUGGGGGAUUCUGUGGCUUUGCUCCACGCCCACUUUUACAAAUUUCCAAAGGAGAAGUUCACCUAUGACAGAAACCCCAAAUCCAAAGCCUUCAUGGAAACUGGAGAUUUCUACUACCAUGCUGCUCUCUUUGGAGGCUUGUGGGAAAAUGUGAAGAAUUUGACAGAUGCCUGCUAUCUGAGUAUCAUGGAGGACAAAUUAAAUGAUGUGGAGGCUCUGUGGCAUGAUGAGAGUCAUCUAAACAAGUACUUCUGGUUUCACAAACCAAGCAGGCUGCUCUCUCCUGAGUACUGCUGGGACCAGAGUAUUGGUGACAUGAGUGACAUACACGUCACCCGCCUAGUAUGGGCACCAAAACAUUAUGACACACUUCGUACUCUAUAGAGUGGCUAGAAGAGCCAUAAAUUGGAAUAACUUUGUGAGAAAAGUGCAAGAUUGUUUACUAUAAGCUUUGUAUUGGUACCCUUGAAAAGUGGGACCCUUCUUUCUACCUUUUCUGAACUCAGGUACAUCUUAAUGGUUGUCUUCAGACAUGUCUUAGAAGGAUUAUGUUGACAAAAGAUAUAAUGUGCCAUUUGUGUAAUCUAAUAUUUUAAAGAUGUCUUCACUAAAUGAUUUUUGCAAAGAAAUUUUUAAAAUAAAAUUUGACUUCCUGGUCAUAUUUUGAUUUUUUUGAGGGAUUUACUGACAAAUGUAUAUUGAAGCAUAUGAUGCCUUGCAUUUUAUGUGUUGUUUAAUGAGCAAUACUGCCAUCUAUCACCACCUUUGUCAGUUUUUGGAGAGGGGAAAAAAAACAUAAAUUUGGUCGAAAACAGUGGUGGAGAUUAAGUGGGAUGAGCAAACUGCAACAACCACAACCAAAUGGGAUAUGCUGAGUGGCCUGUCAAUCAAGCUGACACACCCCCAAAAAUACCUCAGUUAGAGAGUUAAAAUCUGCUUAAUGAAAAAUCAUUUUAAAAGACAAACUUUAGACGAGCUGAUAACUUGACACCAUAUCUUCCUGUGGAAAAAACAUUUAUUUAAUUUGCAUUAAUUUGUACUUUUUUAUUUGUGUAUUUUUCCCAUUGUAUUUCUUGAGAGAAAUUGCACUUAAAUACGUUCAAGGGCAACUUGAAGUUUCCAAUUUAUCUAACAUACAAACUAUAUAUAAAAUCCAGGACUGUGAACUGGCUGAGAUGAGAGGAUGGUGAGGACGCAAACACAAACAACCAGCCAAAAGAAACAGCAAAGUACAAGUGAUUGGAAUUAAUUAGUGAGUGAAAACAGUAUUACUGUAACAUCUUGAGUCAGUUAUUCAGUCCUGUUACUUCCAAAUAAUAAACAUUGCAAAAUGUUCACUGGCUUCACUACAUGGCCUCCUAUCUAACUAAAAUGGAGGGAGUGCAUGCAGCCUGGAACCUGGUGACCUACAACGCAUGCAGAUGUUACAUGCUCUAAGACUUGCAGCUGAGCAAGUAUGUUGCCUUGCUUGAAGUAUUUCACCAGUUCUGUCCUCAGACUGGCCAGGAGGAUUUGGAAUGACAUCAGGGCUGUGCAUGAAACCGAUUACACAGAACAUAUGACUUUGAGUGUAACUUGUGUUGUGACAUUGUCUAGCUACCAAAAGGGGCUAUUUGAGUGCGAGGGCAGGGUUUUGAGGGAAAGUUUUACAAAAUCUGAACUGAAAUCAAUAAGUUGUGCUCUCAAAUUAAAAGAACACGCUCUUGAAUAAAGACAGGAAAAGAAUUCCAUAACUGUUGGGUUAACUCUUUUUACUUUUACUGUUGUGAACUCAAAUGUGCAUGUUCACUAAAUUAUUUACUGUGCUUAAUAUUGAUCUUUCUCUGGUGAUACUUCGUCUUUUCCUGAUUUGAUGGACUAAUUUGCCAGUUAGCCUAUACUUGUGUAAAUCCAGUUUCCUUCCAAUUUUUACAACAACUCAUUGUUUUCUGAUUUGUAAUCACUAUCAUUGAAUUUGUUGUCCAAUAUUGUUUAACAGUAAAAAACUUCAAAGGCCAA